AUGGGGAUGGGGGAGCCAGUCCAGGGGCUCCUGGCUUGGCCCUCCACCUCUCCAGGAAGGCUUACCCCUGAUGCUGACCCUGCCCAGUUCAGCGGCUCGGACCUGGGCCAGGUGUGUGAGAGCGGCGCCUCCGAGGCGGCCUCCCUGGGUCUCCCCAGAGGCCCUCGUUGCAAGGGGCGCUCUGCUCACUCGGUGGAGCGAGCUGCAUUCUGUGCAUGGUCAGAGGAUCUCUGGCAGGGAUGGAGGGUGUUCUUCUGUCCGUGUCCAGAGACCCUCUUGACAAGAGAAGGAAGAGCCAAGAAACAAGCAUGCAAAAAUAAAAAUUUGCAGCAGCUGCAGGAAGCAGCUCUGCGUAUUCUGAGUUGCCAUCAGAACCUGGGUGACCUCUUCCUGGAGGUGGGGAGUUCGCGAUGUGAACCAGAAAGUUACAGUAAUUCAGGCACGCUUGGCAGCGAAGCUUCAGGGCCAGAACUGCUUGUGGUGUCGGCCUUGCGGGACCAGGCCUCCUUGCUGGGCAUGCCUAUAGGAAUCUUAGCAGCCAAAACUGCUGCCAGCAACCUUGAGAAGAUCUCUGCGGACUCGGGACAAGUUGCACUGCUAAAUGCUGAGCAGAGAAACAAGCUGUCCUGCUUACUCCAGACCUUGAAAGAUCUAUUAACACGCAAUGCUUUCUGCCGUUUGCUGUUUGCUCAAGAAAUAUGGAAAAUGCAGAGCCCGCUCAUUCUGGAAGUCGUGUGGCGGCUGCAUAGAGAGGGCAUCGUCGGCUUGGAGGAGCUGCUGGAGAGCGCCUCAGACGUGUCCGCGUUAGUGGACUGGCUGUGCAGCAGCCUUCGUCUCGUGUGCCACCAGGCAGAGAAGCCCUCCCUGGACGCGGAGCCCCCCCCGGACGCGGAGCCCCCCCCGGAUGCGGAGCCCCUGGGCUGCAGGCUGCUUCAAGACAGUCUGGCCGUGCUGCUUCGGCACGGAUUUCAGAACAGGCUCGAGCCGGGGAAGAAGCAGGAGCUGGAGAAGACGGCUGAGAUCUGCCGUGCCGUGCUCGAGAGGAUGCUGGCGUGGGUGCUUGAUGCUGCGGUGGAGGAGAAGCGGGAAGAUGCUGCCACACUGAAGGCGGUGAAAUGCUGGCUCUGCGUGUUCGGUUCGAUGGCCGCCCAUAGCACAGUUCCUCCCGACGCUCUGAAGCCGUUCCUCAGCCACACCUUGACCCAGGUUCUGACCUACGACCCCCAGUUGAAAGUUUCUGAUGCCAUCAGUCUGCAGAGAGAAUGGAGCUUUGCGAGAAUCAGCUCGGUGCUCACCACUCUGUACCGCAAACUGUUCGUGAUGUUCAGAGCAGAGGACUUGAUCCGUCAGCUGCAGCAGGUCCUGGAGACGAGCGAAGUGAAUUGGCGCCACGUCCUUUCCUGCGUGUCCACGCUGCUCAUCUGCCACGCCGAAGCAGAGCCACUGGUCAAAGACCUCCUGGGCCGUCUGUUGACAAAGGCUUUUGAGAAUUACGAUCUGGAAAGCAUGAUUACGGCGUUCUUAAUAGUUCGCCAGGCAGCCCUGGAGGGACCAGCGGUCUUCGUGCCUUACUCAGAAUGGUUUAAGGCUGCUUUUGGGAGUGCUGGCGGCUUGCACAGCAGCAGCAAGAAAGCCUCGGUGUUCUUCUUCAAGUUCCUGUCCGACCUGGUGCCCUUCGAAGCCCCGCAGUACUUGAAGGUCCACAUCCUGCACCCGCCGCUUGUGCCCAGCAAGUACCGCCCCUUCCUGCUGGAAUACGUCACUCUGGCCAAAACCCGCUUGGCCGAUCUCAAGGUUUCCAUCGAGGACAUGGGCCUCUAUGAGGAUUUGUCUUCCACCAAGGAGGCCGUCCAGCCCCAGUCUCAGGCCCUUCAAGAUGCUGAAAAGGCCGUCCAGAUAUUUGAGACCACCAGGAAGAUCCCAGUGAGCGUGAUGGAAGCUAGUAUUUUCAGACGCUCCUACUACAUUUCCCAUUUUAUUCCUGCGUUGCUCAUGCCACGUGUGCUUCCUGAAAUACCCGAUUCCCGCAUGACUUUGAUAGAGUCCCUCAAGAGGGCCGAAAAGAUUCCUCCGAACAUGUUCGCCAGAUACGUUGAAGAAUGCCGGGCUCUCAAGGAGAAGCUCCUGCCGGGUGGAACCACCGGCCUGGGAGUCGGCGAUCGCGAGGGGCCCCUGGAGUCGCUCAGGGCCGAGCUGGAGGGGCUGAGAGUGCUGGCUGCGGACGAGAGCAGGCACGACGGCGUGCCCGCGCAGAUCGCCGUCAUCUCCGAGAAGCUCUCCCGCGUUCUCGGAAGCGCGGCGGAGGGCGAGGAGGCCGCGUCCCCAGGUCCACGGAUGAAGCUUGACCUUUCUGCUCCCGAGGUUGAGCGACAGCACCAGGAGGUUGUUGAUCUUCUGCUGUCCUCGUUCUGCCAGAAUGUAAUCGCGGCUUCCUACUUCCUCCCUCCCGAAAGGCAGGGGGCCUGGCCGUCCCGCCUGGUGAGGACGAUCUGCGGGUUCCGUCGGCUGCUGCCCUCUUUGCUGGGCCGGCUCUGCCAGCUUCUGUGCCAUCAGAGCCGCUCGCUGAACGAAGCUCAGGUCGUGGGCCUGGCCACCCUGGCCGUCCACCUGAACGAAGCCAGAGCCCUGAUCCCGGAGGUGGACCUCUGCGCUUCCUCGGCUCCGUGCUCGGCCUCCGUGAGGGGCCUGUCCGUCCCUGAGCUCUGGGAUCAUCUGUUGGUGUGCAGGACGGGAGAGUCGGCCGUCUUCUGCAUGAGGUUUUGUACGGCAGCACUAGCGUACUUCUUGUGCAAGUUUUCCUCCCUUUCCCAUGACGAACGGUGCCGCUUGCUUCAUCCUGGCUUUGUCAAAAAGAUCACACAGACGGGGCCCCCACCCGAUGCUGCCCCUGUGUGGGCCAGCAGCCCACUCGCUUCCCCGGCGGGGAGGAAGAGCUUAGAGCUGUCCUCCGACUCACUGGAAGCAGCCGUGCGGCUGUGCAUGGCGUCUUCUGUCCUGCAGCUCCAGUAUCUUGUGCCGCGGUUUCACUUGGAAGCACGAGGACAUGGAUUUGGAGACGGCCUGGUGGAGCUUCCCUGGGAAACGUUCUGCCAGCCUACCCCCUGCUCCCGGGAAGCAGCGCUCCGCUUGUGGAAACAGACACAUUUCAGAGAGCUCUUGUGGGAGAGCGCGUUCCAGCUGACGCUGCAGGAGUGGCUGCUGAUGGAGCUCGGAGUCCAUCCUGACGGGGACGUGCUCUCCGCUUGUGAAAGGUACGAGUUCCAGCACUGGGCUCUGCAUCAGCACUUCCUGCCAGCGCCUGCCGCCGCCAGAGGCUGCGACGGAGACCUGAGCGAGAUGUGUGCUGUGCUCCUUGGCACCAUCCUGGAUUUCUGGCAGAGGUCCGAACUGGACAAGUGCAUCCACCCGAAAGACUCCAGGUGUUCCGUGCCCCGUGGGAGAGGAAACCCUGAAAUACACUGCAGGUUGCAGGAGAUGCUGCUGGAACUGGAGCGCCGGAGAGCCCCCCUCGACUCCUGUGAGAGCAGGGGGCACUUCCCGUUCUGUGUCUUCCGGGAGAGGCUGAAUGCUCUGGGGACGGGGUCUGCCGUGGGCGAGCGGCUCCCCUGGCAGCAGGAGCUGCUGCUUCAGCGCCAGGCCCUCCUGAGUCUCCCUCCAGCCGUUCUCGUUGCGGCCCGGCACCGGGGAAGGAGCACCUCUUUGGACUGCGAAGACUUCUUCUCGUUCGUAAACACGGAACUGAAGAACGUCUCCUCCAGAGGCUACGCCCUCUCUUACGACAUCACUGCUCACUUCUUCAGGGGCUUGCUGGGUGCCAGCUUGGAGUGCGAGGACCCCGCACGGGAGGUGACCGCCGUGCUCGCGCUGUGCCAGGCCAGAAGCCCCGUCAUCCUUUGUUCUGCAGCGCGGUGGUGGAGGCGGCUGGAGCCGGUGCUCCGCUCGGAGUGGAGGAGACUCUUCGGCGCUGCCCCGGCGCAGGGACUGCGCACCCUCCAGGAACUGCAGUCCUCGGUUAGCGGCUUCCUCUCAUCAGAAGCAUCGUUCCCGCGCUCCGACAUACCGUGGAUUUCCGCCGCCUUCCUGCACUUCACCAUCCAGCAGCAAGCGGGGCAAGAAAGACCGGAAGGCCUGCUGAAGAGGCUGGGGGCUGGAGCAGAACAACUCCUGGGGUUCCUCUUCUUCUUCUCGGUCGUGGAUCUGGUCUCAACCAGGGUAGCCCCCCAGGAAGGACUGGAUGCCCGCAAGAGCUUGGCCUGGAGCUCGGAGGUGCUUCGGCACCUGGGCGAUCGAGGCGUGUCCUGGCUGGCGCUCUUCAGCUCCGCAGAGGAAGGUGCCGACGUGGCUCCGUCUGCUCCACUUCGGGGUGUGAAUCCCCCACAGUGUCACACACGCCCUGCGUCUUCUGAUAUUGCGGGCCAGAGCCCUCACCGGAUCCUGCGCAGUGCUGUGUCCGAGCAACACCUGCGGCUGCUGCCCUGGGCCUUCUACAGCGUCCUGCUCACCGUGGAGGCCGAACGGCUUCCCAGGGAACCGGCGUUUCUGGCUGUUGCCGUGGACAUGUAUGCGCAGUUGCUGCAGCUCUUCGUGGACGGGGACACGGCGGAAGGAAGGCUGCCUGCCAGUGCGCCCUCCCGCUCACCUGAAGGGCAUCAGGGUGGGGAGAGCUGGCUGAAGUACUUGCCCGGCAAAACCCCUUUUCGUCCUGCAGCCUGUGAGCUGAGCGGGAAGGAGCUGCGGGGUCGCUUGACUGGCUCUGUCUGUCCUCAGGAGGACUCGCUAGCGCUGAUGGGGAGAGCGCGGCAGUUCCUGCUCUGCGCCAUCGCCCGGUGCCCUCGUGGGGCCCCCUCCAGCUUCCAGCAGGCCCUGGGCCGCUGCGGAGUGCUGGACCCAGAGAUGGAGGCCACACUGGUGAACUGGGGCGCAGGCAGAGACCUCUCCGACGAAGAACCGCUGCUCUUCUGAGCGCCACAGUCCGGCCGGCGCACCGGCCGAUUCCUUGCACGUGGCACACGAGCGUCGGUGCGCACAGACAGAAGCGAGCGUCCCUCCCGGCCUGCUCUGUCCAUGGUACUGUGUAAAUAAUUUAUUACAAGCAUAACCAUGACUUUGUAACAAUAAAAAUUAGGUUACAAA